AGAGAGGCUGUCACGGUGGCCGCCUCCGCCGCCGGCGCGAAGGCCCGGAUGUGAGCAGCCGCCGGUGGCUUUUUGUGCGGGUUCCGUCACGCCUUUCGGCCAUGGGCGGCAAGAGUAAGAAGCACAAAGCCGGCAGUGGCGCCGCGGGGGCCGGGAUGGUCCAUCCCACCACUGUGGCCGCUGCACGAACCAAGGCGGUGGGCACCACCCCGGCUGAGUCUGGCGCCGCCGGCGAGGCUGCAGGCAAGAAACCCCCGGCGCCCCGGCCCAGCCCCGCCGGCAAGGACCCGCGCCUGAAGCAAGGUCCGAAAACCUACAGCUUUGGUUCUGCAGCUGACUCAAAUGCUUCUGCAAAUGCAGAUAAAUCUAUUCUUAAGGUGAUGAUUAACAGUGGCUUGGAAAAAAGAAUUAUUGGUGUAAUUAACGAUCACAAAAAACAAAGUGGUGAAAAGGGGAUGAUUUCUAGAAGGCUUACUGCUAAGAAAUUACAGGAUGUAUACAUGGCUUUGCAAGGAUUUUCUUUUAAGACUGAAGAUAUUGAAGAAGCUAUGAAAAACACUAUUUUGUAUGGUGGUGAUCUACAUUCAGCACUUGACUGGUUGUGCUUAAACCUUUCAGAUGAUGCACUGCCAGAAGGUUUUAGUCAGCAAUUUGGUGAAGUGCAACAGAAAACAAGAGCAAAAUUUUAUCCUCCUGCUCCACCAUGUGAAACACCUCAAGUACCAAAUAAUAAAAAGAAGGAAGAUGGUUGUGAAAAAAAGGCAAACACAGGAAUAAAGAAAGAUAUCAGCAUGAAGGAAUGGAUCUUGCAGUAUGCUGAGCAACAGAGCGAUGAAGAGAAAAGCGAAUCUACAAAAAAUCCAGAAGAUGAGGAAAAAUUUGACCCAAAUGAAAGGUAUUUACACCUAGCUGGCAAACUUGCGGACGCCAAAGAAGAGGCAAGUUCUUCCAAGCAAGACAAAAACAAGCAAGGCCAGAAGGUAGCACAAGAAAAGAUAAGACGCAUUCAGCAAGAAAUGUCAGUAUUGGAAGAACAUCCUGUAUUCAAUCCUGCUAUCAAAAUUUCAAGCCAACCAAGUGAAAAGAAAAAGGCUCCAGUGCCUCUCGAAGCAGACGGUGCUUUGAAUCUGAAUGUGCUCGAAAAACCUCAAGCAGCUUCUGAGGAACAAAAAGUGAAAAAGAGAGCACCUCCAGAUGUGAGGAAUUUCGACUAUACUGCUAGAAGCUGGACCGGUAAAUCUCCCAAACAGUUUUUGAUUGAUUGGUGCAGAAAACAUUAUCCCAAGUGUCCAAACCCUUCUUUUGAAAAAGUUCCAGUGGGAAGGUAUUGGAAAUGUAGGGCAAGAGUUGUCAAAUCAGCUGAUGACACUAUGGCAGUGUGUCCAGCAAUCCUCACGGAGGACAGCAUGCAGGCUCAGCAUCUGGCUGCUACUUUGGCACUCUAUAAUUUAACCAAAGGACAGUCAGUCCAUCAGUUACUGCCUCCUACGUACAGAGAUGUUUGGCUAGAAUGGAAUGAUUCUGAAAAGAAAAAGGAAGAAGAACACAAGAUGGAGGCCAACAAGCCCAGAGAUCAAUUCAUUGCUAGACUGUUGAACAGGCUUAAACAGCAGCAACCCCAACAGCAACUUGAAAACAAGCCCAAAGCAUCAGAAGAUGCCGAGGACUCUUGGGAGAACUUGCUUUCUGAAGAGGAGUACAGUGGGCUUCCUCUUGAGAGCCCAGUUACAGAUGACUUGGAGCCUGCAAGGGCCCUCUUUAAAAAACUGCAGAGCACACCCAGAUACCAGAGGCUUUUGAAGGAGAGAGAGCAGCUACCUGUGUUUAAAUACAGACAUUCCAUUAUAGAGACUCUUAAAAAGCAUCGAGUUGUGGUUGUGGCUGGCGAAACAGGCAGCGGCAAAAGUACCCAAGUCCCACAUUUUUUGCUGGAGGACUUGCUGUACAACGAGCGAAAUUCAAGUAAAUGCAACAUCGUUUGCACCCAGCCUCGCCGAAUCUCAGCAGUGAGUUUGGCAACCAGAGUAUGUGAAGAGCUGGGCUGUGACAGUGGACCUGGAGGAAAAAAUUCCUUGUGCGGCUAUCAAAUCCGUAUGGAGUCUCGAACCGGAGAAGCCACUAGACUGCUUUACUGUACAACAGGAGUUCUUCUACGGAAAUUGCAAGAAGAUGUUCUUCUUUCUAAUGUGUCUCAUGUUAUAGUAGAUGAGGUUCAUGAAAGAAGUGUCCAGUCAGACUUCUUGCUAAUUAUCCUGAGGGAAAUCUUGCACAAGCGUUCAGAUCUGCAUCUUAUUUUAAUGAGUGCCACUGUAGACAGCGAGAAAUUCUCCAGCUAUUUCACUCACUGUCCCAUAUUAAGAAUUUCCGGAAGGAGUUAUCCAGUAGAGAUUUUCCAUGUUGAAGAUGUAAUAGAAGAAACUGGUUUUAUUUUGGAAAAAGAUUCUGAGUAUUGCCAGAAAUUCUUGGAAGAAGAGGAGGAAGUAACGAUUCAUGUUACCAACAAAGGUGGAGGAAUUAUAAAAUACCGGGAAAAUAUCCCUGUACAGGCUACCUCAGGUAUUGAUUUAGGUCCCUACUAUCAAAAAUACAGCAAUCGGACUCAGCAGGCUGUCUUCUACAUGAAUCCUUACAAGAUCAACUUUGAUCUCAUGUUGGAGUUGCUUGCAUUUUUAGACAGAAGUCCUCAGUUCAAAAACAUGGAAGGAGCUGUCUUAAUUUUUCUCCCAGGGCUUGCUCAUAUUCAGCAGUUGUACGACCUCAUUUCAACUGACAGAAGAUUUAAUCUAAGGGAGAGGCACCGGUUAGUUGCCCUGCACUCUGUUCUGUCGACUCAAGACCAAUCGGCUGCAUUUACUCUGCCUCCUCUUGGUGUUAGGAAGAUUGUGUUGGCCACCAAUAUUGCUGAGACGGGUAUUACUAUACCUGAUGUUGUCUUUGUAAUCGACACUGGGAGAACAAAGGAAAACAGGUACCAUGAAAGCAGUCAGAUGAGCUCUUUGGAGGAGACUUUCGUGAGCAAAGCUAGUGCAUUACAACGUCAAGGGAGAGCUGGGCGCGUCAGGGACGGAUUCUGCUUUCGAAUGUACACCAGAGAUAGGUUUGAAAGUUUCCUAGAAUACUCUGUUCCAGAAAUACUGCGUGUGCCCUUGGAAGAACUGUGCCUUCACAUAAUGAAAUGUAAUCUUGGCUCUCCUGAAGAGUUCCUCUCCAAGGCCUUGGACCCACCUCAGUCUCAAGUAGUUGGUAAUGCCAUGAACCUUCUUCGGAAGAUCGGGGCUUGUGAACUGAGCGAGCCCAAGUUGACUCCUCUAGGCCAACACCUUGCAGCAUUGCCAGUCAAUGUAAAGAUUGGUAAAAUGCUCAUAUUUGGUGCUAUUUUUGGCUGCUUGGAUCCGGUGGCCACUCUUGCUGCUGUUAUGGCAGAAAAAUCUCCAUUCACUACACCCAUUGGGAGAAAAGACGAAGCAGACCUUGCCAAAUCUUCCCUGGCGUUGGCAAACUCUGACCACCUGACAAUCUACAAGGCGUACCUAGGAUGGAAGAAGGCCCGUCAGGAAGGAGGGUACCGUGCUGAGAUGGCUUACUGCAGGAGAAAUUUUCUCAACAGGACAUCGCUAUUAACUCUGGAGGAUGUAAAACAAGAGCUGAUCAAAGUGGUGCGGGCUGCAGGAUUUGCCACAACCUCAUGUUGUCAUGGAGAUACAGACUCCCUUUCACAUCAAGAAACAGCCCUCCUUAAAGCUGUGUUGACUGCCGGGUUGUACGACAACGUGGGGAAGAUAAUGUAUACCAAGUCGGUAGAUAUUACAGAGAAAUUGGCUUGCGUGGUGGAGACGGCUCAAGGUAAAGCCCAAGUGCAUCCUUCCUCUGUGAACAGGGAUCUGCAGACCUAUGGAUGGCUGCUAUAUCAAGAAAAGAUUAGGUACGCCAGGGUAUAUUUAAAGGAGUCUACGUUAAUUUCUCCCUUUCCAAUAUUACUUUUUGGAGGUGAUAUAGAAGUUUUGCAUCGUGAACGCCUCUUGUCUAUAGAUGGCUGGAUCCAUUUUCAGGCUCCUGUAAAAAUUGCAGUCAUUUUCAAGCAGUUGAGAUCACUCAUCGAGUCCGUAUUAAAACAAAAGCUUGAAAACCCUAAAAUGUCACUCGAAGAUGACAAGAUAUUGAACAUCAUCAAAGAACUGAUAAAAACAGAAAACAUUAUAUAAAACAAAUUUAGCAGCAUCUACAGAGCCACAAUAAUUGGAAGAAGAAAAUUAAACAUGAAGCAUGUCCUCAUUUAAAAGGGAUGUUAUAUCAGCCAUCAUGUGGAAACUGCUUAAACUGGGAUACAAGUACAUUUAUGUUUUUAUGAUGGAAAAAAAUGUGUAGUAAAAUUUUACAAUAAAUUUUGGUGCUACUUGCUCAAAUGUUCUCAAUGACAGCAGUUCAAGGGGUUUGGGUAUAAAAAUGGUUGCAUGAAUUUCAUAUCUUAACGUUAUUGUCUGUAUGGAAUUGUUUUAAGCUGUCUUUUUGAAGACACAAUUGGUGAGCAGAAUUGUUAGUUUUUUUACCUGCCAAAAUAUUUUUACAGUAUUAAUCCAUUAUGAGACGGUAAUUAUCAUGCUAAUUUUAAGCAGUGCAUUUUAAGGAACUCGGAUUAUUUUUUCAGAACUGUUAUUACCCAAGUGAUGAGCUAAAAACCGAAACUACAAAUUAGCAAAAGCUCGUUAUAGUUUUGGAGCUCUGUUAAUACUUUGGCCCCCGUUGCCCUCAGGAUCGCACUUCUAUGCCUGAAAUUCAUACAUACUGAGAAUGGUGUAAAAUGAAUUCUUGAAAUAAAUAUUUAAUGUUAUAAAG